GAAUUAGAAUUUUUUUCCCUUAGACAUGAACCCAUGUGAUUGUAAUGUAGUAUAUAUAAGUAGAAGUUAAAGUAGUUAUUUAAGAUAAUAUUCAUUAAUUUAUUUUUUUAAGGUAUUAAUCUUUUUAACUGUAACUUUCUUCACUCUUAGUGAAUAUUCAUGUUCAUUGUUUUGUUUACUGUGUGGAUUUCAUAAAGAAUUUGAUUCAAGUUGUUAUUUAAUUACAUUAAGAUUUUCUCAUUUCUGUUUUAUUACUAAUUCGGCAAAAAAAGCUGAAUUUAAAAUUUGGUUUUUUCUAUGGUCAUGGUUGUUAAGCCACCUAGUGAAAUGACUGAAGCACCAAAAAAAAUUGAUCUUGGUUUGUUAGAAGAAGAUGACGAAUUUGAAGAAUUCCCAACCGAAGAUUGGACAGCAAAAGAAGAAGAUGAACAAGAUAUUAAUGUCUGGGAAGAUAACUGGGAUGAUGACAAUGUUGAAGAUGAGUUCAGCAAUCAAUUAAAGUCAGAGUUAGAAAAGUGUGGCCAUAAAGUAAAUGGUACUGGUGAGCCCAUGAAGUCUUAAAGUUAACUUUGUAUUUAUUGUUUAUAAAUAAAAUUUCUUUAUUCAUUUUA